AUGCAGUGUUUGUAUAUCUCCUUAUCUCUUUUACCUAAGAAUACUGCCGCUAUAUCGUGCACAGUGUCGGGUCCUCAACGACAUGAUCGCCAGGUGGAGGCACAUGCUGAAACUGCCGAUCAGCAAGCUUUGAACGCACAAGUUGACCACGAUUUGUUCGGAGACUGGAACCUCAACAUUGUUAUGAUUCCAGACAUAAAUUUGGAGCCCUUGCGUAUGCAGCCAUGUAUUGCUGCGGGAAAUAGGCAGUUUUCAUUUCGGAUCCGUGUUAAUAAAAAUAUGUAUCUUGAAUGUUUAAAAGUGAAGCGUGUCGCGUCUGGACGGGAAUGCUCGGCACACCUCUACACGUCAUCGAAGAUGCAGAGCAACACGAGCACAACACAACCGGGUCUUUAUCUGGCUCAUUGUCCGACAUUUGAUAUCCAACAGACGCCUAUGCAGCUAAAUCAAAGUCUUUUUUUGCCAGCUGAUACAUUGUCAUGCUUCUCCAUAUACAGUCCAUCUCCAUUUGUGUCAAAUGUUUUAGUGGUGGUGGACGUAAAUGAUUCGUUGCAACAAGGCUAUGUUUUUGGCCGUGUACAACUCCCUUUACCACAACUCGAAUUGCAUGGUAUAACGCAGUCAAGUGACGAACGCAAUCGAGUGCUUUCCAAAAUGGAGGCGGUGGAGGAGCUGCUAGUUGCUUUAGUAGCAGCGUUUCCAACGGUUCCAUUAUCCAGUACUGCUAAACAGUGUCUAGCUAAACGGGAGUUGGAGCAUCAGUCUGCUGGAAUAAAAAUUAUUAAGAUUUCUACACGUAGGAAAGCGUUACCGGCGAAAGCGUUUUAUGGAACAGCAGACACAGCAUCGUUGGAUUCAGCCCUUUUGGCUGAUGCGAAGUGGCGAUCAUUCUAUGAGAAGCUGCAAUUUCGAGUCUCGCGCUCACUGACGUGUCAGCUUGAAGGCACGGCACCAAUCUCUUCAUCGUUCCCUCGACAACAAGAAGCAUUCGAGUUUGCCGACCAAGUCGCUGUUUCUCAACGAAAAAUUGCAGUUUUCUCUGGUAAAUCAUCUCUGACUGAGAAUAGCAUCAGAGAGACACCGCGCAUCUUUUCCUUUGAGGAUGCGAAUAACGGAAAACGGCGUUUUUUUGUUUCCAGUUUUGCCGAGUUCUGGAAGAAGUACACAGCGACUCGCAACGAUGAACGACACGUUUACGAAAUCAUACGCGAUGGAGUACCCUGUCGUCUUUAUUUUGAUCUGGAGUUUAAACGACGUAUAAAUGUGCAUGUCGAUGGUGAUGCACUUGUGGCGAGGCUCGUGUCUUUGCUCCAGCUACAGCUUUUCCGUUGUUACAGACUCUACGUUGCUCGUCAAGACAUAUAUGAGCUGGACUCGUCAACUCCUGAUAAAUUCAGCCGCCAUCUCAUUAUUCACCUUCCUGAUGGUAGCCUCUUCAUGAACAAUCUUCAUGCUGGCUCAUUUGUGCGCGAAUUCAUUCGCGAUCUGGCGGCCGUACAUGUCAAGAAACACGAGACUUCUGAUGGUCUAUUAUCACCAUUUCUUGUAAAUACAGAGUCGGCUGGUGACUCUGUCGACAAAAAACAACUUUUUAUUGAUAUGAGCGUGUAUACUCGUAAUCGCAUGUUUCGAGUAUUGGGCUCUUCCAAGUAUAAAAAAAAGUCUGUUUUACGUUUGCUGGGUCCCUUUGCUGGACCCAAGCUUGAUCAAGAGUUGUUCGAGAAAACUCUGGUGUGUCCAUUUCCGUCUUGCGAUCUAUUGAAAUCUGAUCUCAAAAGUAGGAACCAUCGUCUGCUUCGAUGUCGGUCAUCGGUCACACCGCUAGGGCGCAGCCGAAAUAUAUCUACCUCGUCAAUUGAAUGCCAGAAAUCGGUGUACCCCGAGCUCGACUCUUUUAUUCGCUCGCAAGCAAAUAAGGGUGGGGUGCAAGGCGAAAUUCGUGCUAUUCAAAUGCUGCUGACGAGCAAGUCGACAAAACCAGUUGUGAAGGCUACUGAAGCGGAGAUUCCGGGACAAGUGAACUCAAUUAUGCAACCGUAUGCGAUUGUAUACCACAUGGCACUUAAUCGUUGGUGUGCGAACAUUCAGCGGGCGCACAAGAGUAAUAAUAUCAUGUAUAUCGUAGACAUCCAGCAGCGUGUAUUUUAUCAAAAAUGUCACGACCCACUUUGUCAGGCAAUGGAUUUCAGGUCGCCACCACAAUCACUUCCUCAAUACAUCAGCUUCAGUCUGACUGAAAAGAAAGUUAUUUAG